AUGACCAAAACCAGAGCCUUGGCACCAGCAGAAGCCCUUGGGCCCAUCCACCUCUGCCGAGAAUCCAGACGAAUUUGGGGUACGAGGACUUCGCGCAGGCACACGGGGGACGCUUUCUCUGGGAGGAGGCCCGUGGGAGCGGCGCGGCACAGCCGGGGGCGCCGCGGCGACGUGAGUCUCCGGGUUCCCAGGCCCCAGCGCGUCGCUGCGCGCGUCCGGACCAGCCUCCGCCCGGGGACAGGGCGCUGCGCGGGCGUUGGUGCGCCGCUGCCUGCGACCCGGGGCCCGGGAGGAGGAGGAGGGCGGGCGCACCCCCGCCCCGCGCUCCCCGCGCGACCUUUGGGUACCGGGAACGUCAGUCUGCCUGGGAGUGGGGCUGCACCGGCCGGGGCAGGAGACAGGAGGAAGGGGGGCAGUGAGUGCGUGGGUUUGAGCCCUCCCAGCCCCGCGUCCUCUCACCCCCACCGCUCCCUCCCCCCGCCGCCGCCGCCGCCGCCGCCGCCCACCUGGCCGCCCCCGCUGCGGCAGCGGCGCGAGGCUCGCUUCCAGGCCUCCGGGUCGCAGCCCGCGCGGUCUGCGGAGCUUGCCGUGUGUCUGCCCUCCCCCUUCCCCCGCUUCGCCCGCCCUCCCCGGGGCCCAACGUGCUCGUUCCCUGUCACUUCGGUCGGGGCGCGCUGGUGGGUUUGGCCUGCGCCGCGGCGGCGAGGCGGGGGAGCGAGUGAGCGCGAGGGGCGGGAGCGAGUGCCUGUGUGA